CGAACAUCCAUAACGAACCCGGACAAACAAUGCCUUAAUAGCAAGUAGGUAACCAUCAAACACUUAGCUGUAUGAAGGAUGUGACCCUUGAACUAUUUGAGGCUACAAAUUGGAAGGGAAAUUUAUGUCUUCUCUGGGAGACAACUUCUAUUUAGACACACAACUGUUUUUUGGCGGCUUAUGUUCUCAUUUCUCAUCCCUUUUUGAAUGGUGAAGAAGAGUCUUUCAGACAGAACGUGGUGAGGUUGGGCCAAACUGCUGUUUAGGUGGCGGCUGACAAAGCCUCCAAUGAACAUUAACCAGCCCAUAAAAGAUUUUGGGCAUAUGAUCCAUCCACCUCCACAUACUUUGAACGCCCAACUAACUCCCUUCUUCUGGGCCCAUAUUCCUGUCCAUGCGAAAACCAGUUGUCAGAAAAACACAGCAGACCACAAAAUGCUUUCUGCAGCAACGUCCAGUCUAACCUAAACAUGUUACAUUGUCAACUAUUUAACCUCUAACAACCAUAUCUCGUGGUGGUGGUGGUCGAUUGCCUCGUUCUCUAACUAUUACGUCAGAAGCUCAUUCUCCAUCCAUAAAACUACAAUUCACCCUGCAGUAAGUUAAUUCGUUGUUCUCUAACUGUUCCGACUAGAUCAAACAUUUUUGUUUUCGAAGUUUGAUACUACGAUUAUGCUGAUGACUUGAUAGAAAGAGUUCUACUUUGAAUGAGCACUAAAAAAAUUCUUCUCAAUAGCCAACUCAACAGCUUUGAUUGUGCAAUCAAAUCAUCUCCAAAACCAAGCAACCAUAAUGAACCAAAACUCAACCAAGUGAUAUCUACUGGUCAUGGCUCAAUGCUCCCAUGACAAAGUCACAUGGACAUGACCAAACACAGCCAUCAGGAGACAGAACACCAGACAGCUCCAAGCUGCUUGUCUCCAAAUUCUGUCCACACAAUCAUAUCUUUACCUACAUAUAAAUAUAUGAAGAAAGCCCCAUCUGUAAUCAAGCUACCAUAAUCCAACAGCAAACAAGAAGAAGAACAAGAACACAGGCAAAAACAAACCCUCUCAGAAACUUGUUCCCCUUUCCCUUAUAUCCAUCCAAAUGAAGAUCAACCCAAGAAGGCUCCUCCAAUUGGCAAGAAAGUGGCAGAGAAUGGCAGCAGCUACCCACAAGAAAGGGACAAGGAUCACAUUUCCCAGAAGAAAAGAUGAGGUGACUGAAGUGAAAAGGGGCCAUUUUGCAGUCUACACAACAGCUGAUCAUGAUGAUGGAAGGAGCAGAAGAAGGUUUGUGAUCCCACUGGAGUUUCUGAACCACACCAUAUUCAGAGAGCUCUUGAGAUUGUCUGAAGAGCAGCUUGGAUUGCCAAGUGAUGGACCAAUCACCCUACCUUGCCACCCAAGCUUCCUCGAAUACCUCAUCGGCUUGUUCCAAAGCCAUAGAUCCAUACCAGAAGACAUGGUAAAGGCUCUGCUGAUGAGCAUCUCAGCAGAAAGAAACUCUAGCUGUUGGCAAUCUUGUGGCUUGGAGCAAACCCACCAGCCGUUUGUCAUCUAUGGGUUCUGAAAGAAGACUCUGUCAAAUAGUAGAAUAAGGGAGAUUAGGGUAACUUUUAGACCCAAUUUUUGGCUUUUGGUAGGUGUUUUGGAUUAGGGUAAAUGUUAAAAAAAGUAGAUGGAGAACUUGGACUCUACUGUUUUAGGGUAUGGUUGAGAAAAGUACCAAAUUUUGGUACCUUGGCAAAACAAGAUUUUGACAAUUACUGUUUGGUUUGUGAGACAUGUGGCAAAAAUAGUACUAGAUUGUCCAAACGUGACAAAACCAGACAAGAGGGAGGACAUGAUCUCUCUGGUCUUUGAGAGUUCAGAAAUCUCUAUAUGCUGCCAUGUUAACGGCUUGUGGAUAAUGAAAACAAUCCCAUAAAAGUACAAUCAUUAUGCUGCUAUUUUGUACUUGAAAGACUCUUUGAGUUCCCCUGCCCAAAAUCCAACCAAUGUUUGUUAAACAAAUAAGUACAUUUCACAUCGACCAUUUACAUUUCAUUCAAGUACAAUUCAUAUCGCGAACUGCAGCGCUCGAUCUUUUCAUAUUUCUUUGUUCAUGGAUUCGUAUAAAAUUAGUGGUUUGAAUGGACGAAAAUGAUCGAUGGUGAGAUCUCUUACGGGUCGAGCAAAGACGAUCGUUAUUAGUAAAUGUAUGUAUACAUUCAUGAAUUCUUUGGUUUUGAUGACAAUCCACUUGUUUUUUACAACAUUACCGAACAUUCGUUCACCAAAAUAACAUAAUUCUAAUGCAUAUUGAAUCGCGAAAAUUGUUUCGAUCAUAUUCAAACAUGCGGUAACAUGAACUUCACCCAAACCAUCCAAAAUCUUUUCUAUGUUUAUUGACCUCUUCAAAACCCACCAUGCACCACCAACUCUUCUUGUCAACUUAUGGAGUAGUCUAUUUGGAUUUGGAUUGUAUCCAGAAGCCAGGAUCAUGCCGCAGGGCAAAUGGUAAAGUUUAGUGGGUAACCGAGGACACUAAUCUCUCAAUUAAAUAAGGCUAACAAAACCCCAAAACUGAUUCGAAAACCAGACGCAUCUCCUUCCCUUCAAAAACUUAUGUUUUGAGAAUCGGAUUGAAUAUCAAACCAAACCAGAAAAUGCAGUAGUUCACGAUUUAAUGAUUAAUUCUCGCAUCAUCGCCUGUUGGUGAAUGAAUCAUUUACAUAUAACAGUUCAUAUAAUAGAUUAAGCAGCUUUGGAUCAAGAGUAAGAAGGUGGAAAUAAAUAACAAGUUGAUAGAAAUGACUCGCCAGAACCGAAUUAAAGAGGUAGUAGAAAGAAGAAGAAGAAAUCUAAUUAUGGUUGGCUUUCAUAUUUCCGAGUUCGAAACAUUGAACCAAUGAACCAUCGGUCAGCUAGAUCAGCACGAUUUGACUAGUUCAAAAUCCGACCGCUAACAAUCACCUUUUCCAUGGCUAACCAUCCAUACAAACAGAUCGACGAGUAAUUAUAAUUGAUUGACGAUUCUACUGGUCUAACCGAUCGUCCUGAUCGGGUUCUAUUAACAAGCCAAAAACUUUUGUAUACUAUUAUUUGUCCCCAUUCCUACCCAAAAACUAUUCACCCAAAAUCCAAAACCCACAUCCCAUAAACUAAUCCAAAAACC